AGUAAAACAAAAAACCCAGAGAGCCGACCAAGAACUUCUGGCUUCUGGUGUCCAACAACGGCCACAGGAAUCGACAACAGCAACAACAACAACAACAACAACAACCACAACGAGAGUCCUGAACUCAGCCGCAAAAGAUAAAAACUUUCCUACAGGAAGCUAAACAAACCGGAAAUAAAAUAUAGAAAGGAAAUAGGAAAAGGAAUUUAACUUCAACAGAAAAUCAACAUCGAAAUGGAAUUGGCCAUCAGAAUUGUCAAUCCGCAGUUAGCUCGCUACAAAAACAACUACAACAGCAAUACCAGCAACAUUCGCACCAGCAAUAGCAAAAAACUAAUCACCGAUAGUAGCUGCAACUGCAACAUUCAGACCAACGACGACAACAACAACAACAACAACAACCCAGACAUCAAGAGUGACAACUAUAUAACAACGAUUACAACAGCAGCAAGAACAACCACAGACAACAAGCAAUUGUCAGCAGCAACAACAGAGGCAACAGGAGCAACAAUAAUUGCAGCACUAGCAGCAGCAACUUGCAACCACUUUGCGGCAACAACAACGCGAAAUGCAGCAGCAGCAACAACCGUCCAUCGACCAGCUGCCCGAGCCUACAGCCUCGACCAGCAAUUCGGCAACAACUAAGCCGACAACUGCAGCAGCAACCACAUCGACAACGACAACGUCUGGCAACAACUUCCACCAGCAACUGCAAGCAACAACGGCAGCCACCAUGCAACGCCUGCGAACAACCUUCACGCGAUCCCGCACUCCCACAGGUGCGGAAAUGAAGAUGCAGAACAGCCUGGAGGUGCCCAAGCAGGUAAAAAAGGUGCGCUCAGCCUCCUUCGACGAGAUGCAACUGGAGUCGCAGCGUGCCUCCUCCAGUCUGCUCAAGCAGCAGUCCUCAUCCUCGGCCUCGGCGGACGAACGCUCCUCGGAGGCUGGCUUCCUGCAGGUUCCAUUGGCGGCCCAUCAGCAAAGAUCCCAUAGCUUCGACUCGGCCACUGCGUCGGCGGGCAGCGAUGACUCGGGCACCUUUUUGGAGGUGCCCAGACGGUUGAAGGCUCGACGCAGUUCGUCCACCAAGACACCGCCGCCUUGCAUCCAUUGUCACUAUCUGGAGGAGUAUGAGCGUCGUAUGACCGCCGAGCAGCGUUACUUUAUCGACCAUCGCGAGCUGACAGCUUUGAGCUACAGCAAUACCAGCUCGGAGGCGAGUGAGGAUGAGGAUGAAGUGGAGGGCCAUAACGCGGAGGAAGAGGAAGAGGGCAGUGCGGCCAUCGAGGAUGCCGAGGAGGAGACAACUGAGGCGGCUACCGAGGAGGCGGAUGAAGAUCCCCGCACCGAGGUAGAGUCCGAGCAUGAUCACGAUCCGGAUGACGAUGCCGCAUUAGAGAUGGACAUCCGCAUUGGCAACAUGAGCCAAGGCAGCAGCAUCGAGGAGUCGCGCGCCCGCCUGCCGCGACAAAUGCGGCGCCACACCAUCGGUAGCAGCUCGGUCACCUCGGCUUCCGAGGAUGAGGGCUUGGAGGGUUCAGACAAUGGUUCGCCGCAUUUCGGCAACACCUUGUUGCCACCGCAGCCGACAACACCUUGUGGCAUAACCUUCACGCUAAGUCCCACCAAUGGGGAUUAUCCUUCGCCGCCGCAUCUCCCCUUGGAUCCCGGCUCGCCGCCCAUUUCGCCCUGCUCCUCCAAUUCGGGAAGAUUGCCAGCUCUGGCCCCGACCAUUUCCACGCCCUGUUCCUCGGCGGAUGCCGAUGAUGCUGGUGCAGCUAUGGGCUUGCCAGUCCGAGCAAGACGUCGCUCGAUUUCGCGACAGGAGGCGAUAUUCGUGGAGCCCACUGGAAACUCACUGGAGAACGUUUCGCACGAGGAGGUGGACAACAGCAACACCAAGUCAUCGGUGGACACGGCUGAUUCACUGGACGAGGCCUCGACAAUGGCCACGUGUGGCUCACCCGGAGCCGCCGGUGGCAGUGGCGCCUCCUCCAGUCAUCAUAACGCCUUUGUGGUGCGGGAUAUUUACCUAAUGGUACCGGAUUUGAAGCGAGAUCGCGCCGCCUCCGUGGAUUCGUGCUUCUCCAAGCUCUCGUCGAAUGCCAAAACGGAGGAGCUGCAACCAAGUGCCGAUGGUUGUUUCCUUACCGUACCGAAUAUAAAUGCCACUCGAUCGCGAUCCGUGGACAUCGUGCUGCCAACUGACGAGCAAGCCAGAUACAAGGCUUUGUCCAUGACCGGAUCCACUGUCACCUACGCAGACGGGCGUACCGCUUCGGCCAGCAACUCCCGCAGACCGAUACGGAUUGUGCCCGAUUGGACGGAGAAUGCCGUGCAGGGCGAGCACUACUGGAAGCCCACCUCCGCCUCCGGCGAUCUCUGCUGCCUGAACGAGGAGUGCAUUAAAAGCGGGCAACGGAUGAAGUGCUCCGCCUGCCAACUGGUUGCCCAUCACAACUGCAUUCCGUUCGUCAACGAGAAGAGCACCCUGGCCUGCAAGCCCACCUAUCGGGAUGUGGGCAUCCGGCAGUACCGGGAGCAGACCACCACCCACCACCACUGGGUGCAUCGCAAGCUGGAGAAGGGCAAGUGCAAGCAGUGCGGCAAGUUCUUUCCUAUGAAGCAGGCGGUGCAAAGCAAGCUAUUCGGGUCGAAGGAGAUUGUGGCGUUGGCCUGUGCGUGGUGCCACGAGAUCUACCACAACAAGGAGGCCUGUUUUAACCAGGCCAAAAUCGGCGAGGAAUGUCGUCUGGGCAACUAUGCGCCCAUCAUUGUGCCGCCAUCGUGGAUUGUGAAGCUGCCGACCAAGGGCAACUUCAAGUCCUCGAUACGCGUGAGCAACAAGAACAAUGCCGCAUCGGGAUCAGGAGGUGGCGGUGCUGGUGGCGGUGCCGGAGGCGGUGGUGGUGGUGGUGGUGGGGGCAAGAGCAAGAAGCAGACGCAGCGACGGCAGAAGGGCAAGGAGGAGAAGAAGGAGCCGCGAGCGUUCAUUGUGAAGCCCAUUCCAUCGCCGGAGGUAAUCCCGGUCAUUGUGUUUAUUAAUCCCAAAUCGGGCGGCAAUCAGGGCCACAAGCUGCUGGGAAAGUUCCAGCAUCUGCUCAAUCCGCGCCAGGUUUUCGAUCUUACGCAAGGCGGCCCCAAAAUGGGCCUGGACAUGUUCCGCAAGGCGCCCAAUCUGCGGGUGCUGGCUUGCGGUGGCGACGGCACCGUCGGCUGGGUCCUUUCCGUCCUGGAUCAAAUCCAACCGCCGCUCCAGCCAGCUCCGGCGGUCGGUGUCCUGCCCCUGGGCACUGGAAACGAUCUCGCUCGCGCUCUCGGAUGGGGAGGGUCUAUUUUCUUUCAGGGCUACACGGACGAACCGAUCGGGAAGAUACUGCGCGAGAUCGGGAUGUCCCAGUGCGUGCUAAUGGAUCGCUGGCGGGUGAAGGUCACGCCCAACGAUGACGUCACCGAUGACCAUGUCGAUCGCAGCAAGCCCAAUGUCCCAUUGAACGUCAUCAACAACUAUUUCUCCUUCGGCGUGGACGCGCACAUCGCCCUGGAAUUCCAUGAGGCACGUGAGGCUCAUCCGGAGCGCUUCAAUUCGCGCCUGCGCAACAAGAUGUACUACGGCCAGAUGGGCGGCAAGGAUCUGAUCCUGCGCCAGUACCGCAACCUCUCCCAGUGGGUGACGCUCGAGUGCGAUGGACAGGACUUUACAGGAAAACUGCGUGAUGCCGGCUGCCAUGCCGUGCUCUUCCUAAACAUUCCCAGCUAUGGCGGUGGCACCCAUCCAUGGAACGACUCCUUUGGCGCCUCCAAGCCAUCGAUUGAUGACGGACUGAUGGAGGUUGUUGGCCUGACCACCUACCAGCUGCCCAUGCUGCAGGCUGGCAUGCAUGGCACCUGCAUUUGCCAGUGCCGCAAGGCCAGGAUCAUCACCAAGCGCACCAUUCCGAUGCAGGUGGACGGAGAGGCAUGUCGCGUCAAGCCAUCGGUGAUCGAGAUCGAGCUGCUCAACAAGGCACUGAUGCUGUCCAAAAGGAAGCACGGACGCGGCGAUGUUCAAGUGAAUCCCCUGGAGAAGAUGCAGCUGCACAUCUUGCGCGUGACCAUGCAACAGUACGAGCAGUACCACUAUGACAAGGAGAUGCUCCGCAAAUUGGCCAAUAAGCUGGGCCAAAUCGAAAUCGAAUCCCAGUGCGAUCUGGAGCAUGUGCGCAACAUGCUCAACACCAAGUUCGAGGAAUCCAUCUCCUAUCCAAAGGUCUCACAGGAUUGGUGCUUCAUCGACUCCUGCACCGCUGAGCACUACUUCCGGAUCGAUCGUGCCCAGGAGCACCUGCACUACAUCUGCGACAUUGCCAUCGAUGAGCUGUACAUCCUGGACCACGAGGCGGCCACCAUGCCGCAGACUCCGGACCAGGAGCGCUCCUUUGCAGCCUUCUCGCAGCGGCAGGCGCAGAACGAGCGGCGCCAAAUGGAUCAGGCCCAGGGCCGAGGCCCGGGCAGCACCGAUGAGGAUUUGCAAAUUGGCUCCAAGCCCAUAAAAGUGAUGAAGUGGAAGAGCAACAAAGAUCGUUUAUUCAGUUUCAACGAAGAUGUUUUUGGUUGUGGAUUCAGCCCUAUACUGGAGCAAACUUCCGAUGCCAUACUACUAGCAGCCCAGAGCGGCGAUCUCAAUAUGUUACGUGCACUACAUGAACAAGGAUACUCACUGCAGUCAGUGAACAAGAACGGACAGACGGCGCUGCACUUCGCCUGCAAAUACAACCACAGGGACAUUGUCAAAUAUAUCAUAGCGAGCGCCACACGACGCCUCAUCAACAUGGCCGACAAGGAGCUUGGACAGACGGCGCUUCACAUUGCCGCCGAGCAGAAUCGCCGCGACAUCUGCGUGAUGCUGGUUGCCGCCGGCGCCCAUUUGGACACCCUUGACUCCGGCGGAAAUACGCCCAUGAUGGUGGCCUUCAACAAGAACGCCAACGAGAUAGCCACCUAUUUGGAAAGUAAGCAGGGGACGCAGCCCGUCGACGGCUGGCUCGACGACUAGACGAAUCGCCGCAGAUCCCCUCCAAGUAGAGCAAUCGCUAGACAAGCUUACUUAUUCAAACAUCAGACAUUUAAAUGAAAAAAGAAAAACCCGAUAGUCACAAUAUCACAAUAUCAGUAAAUCAGUAAUCCGAAAAACAAGAACGUAAUUUAACAUUGCAAAUUUCUCCUUUCUAUGCCAAUCGAACAAAACAAAAAAAACCUACAAAAUGGAUAAUGUCUUGUAAAUAACUGAACCGAACGAAACCAAUAUCAAAUCAAAUCAACAUUCCACGAAACUCAAAUGCGAUGCCGCUUAGGUCAAGAGCGUUUUAUGCAUCUGGAGAAGCAGACCCGGAUCUAAGUGGAGCAUUCAGCGGAAGCAUUCACCAUACGAAAUAAUAUUAAUGCAUAAUGAUAAUGGCUUUUUUUUGGCAACCUUUUUUUUGUGUUAGCAUGUACGAGAGAAAUCUAAUUUAAACUAAGCAAAGAAAAUACACAUACACAGGCAAACACUCAACACAUUUUUAGCGCGUAAGUGGGAGAGAUCAGAUGGUAUGGAAUUAAUUAAUUUAUUGUAAUGAAAAGCUAGCAAAACGAUAGGCAACAUUUGUCCGAAAUUUCAAUUUUAAUUAACUUUCGAUAGAACGAACAAAAAAAUACAUAGUAUAUAUAUAUAUAUACGUUUAAUGCAGCGAAUGCAAGCGGAAAUUCGAAAUUCAUUUGUUUCUCUUACCGAUUGAUUAACGAUAAAUGAUUAUAUUGUGAUAUCUAAAUUAAUUAACGUAUUGGACUAGAGAGCGAGAACGAGAGCAAAUAGAAAUUGAUAUUAGCAAAGGGCAUUUGCUGUAAUACUAACUGAAGCAAAAAAGUUGAAAACGAAAAAAAGAAGCAAGCAAAAACACACACACAGAGAGACACACUAAGCAAAUAUAUAGUCUAUAUAUUAUAUAUAUAUUUAAUUAAAUGUACUUCUUUUGGAAUUCAAACUAGGCUAAGUGAAAACUUGAAUACUCUUGUCAAAUGAAAAAUGAUUGAAAACGGCAGAGCAGCAGCACGAUUAGAAGAGAGACGCACUAGACCCCAAGCGGCUAUGGCUCUCUCGCUCAGACAGAGGCACACACACACAAACACGCAGACACACACACACACACACACACACUCAGUCCCGAUGCACAGACUAGGAUGCACAACCCCCAUAGAUAUACCACCCACUUUACCUUCACCCCAAAGCAAACACAAAACCCUCAGCGUUUCAAACCGAAAGACUUGGGCCGAUCAAUGUCGUCCACCCCCCAAAAACUAGGUAACCUGCCCCGGGAAAAAAA